GUUGUCCCGCCCUGGCGCGUAGGUCAGUUGAUAAAAUCCCCUCGGCACUACAAAAUAUAUUCGCUAAUUGCCGUCGUCGCGUUUUCAGAUACUUAAAUACUGAAUCUCAAUCACCGGAAACCCCCCACAGAAUAGAAUCUUCCCCAUAAUGUAUCCCUUCGGUUCUGGUUCUGGAAUGCCAUCGUACCCCCCUACCUCCACUAAUCACCACGAGCCACCACGGGCGCCUUUUGGAGCUGGUUGGGUGCCACCGAUGCAGCAGAACUCGCCAUACCCGCCCCAGCCACACCCCCCCUCACAACCAUCGCCCCAAAUGCACUACCACCAGCAGCAGCAAUAUCCUGGCCAACAGGGUGCCCCAGCUCCCUAUCCACCAAUGUCGGCACCAUACCCGGGCGCCGCCGCCCCAUCCUACCCACCUUAUCCCAGUUCAAAUCCGUACCCGGGCCAAUUCGCUCCACCGUUGCAUCAGCAGCAUCAGCAGCCUCCGAUUUCGAAUAGCCCCUAUCCCCCGGAUCGUGGAUACACACCAGCCAUGACAGCCGGAUACGAUGCAGGCUAUGGUUACGGACAAGGACAUGGACAGGGGCACGGACAGGGGCACGGGCAUGGACAGGGGUAUGGGAAUGGUCAGGGGCAGGUGCAUCGGUCACUCCCAGCUCACAAAGAGGGAACUCCCACUGUGGUGGCCGCCCAGGGAUUCGAUCCCGUGAAGGAUGCCCACGACCUGCGCAAGGCGAUGAAGGGCUUCGGAACGGAUGAGAACGCCCUGAUCAACAUCAUCUGCCGGCGGACGAACGAGCAGCGCCAGGAGAUCCAGCGCCAGUACAAGACCCAUUUCGGCAAGGACCUUAUCGAGGACAUCAAGUCGGAGACGAGCGGCAACUUUGAGAAGCUCCUCGUCGGCCUGCUGCGUCCCAUCGUGGACUACUAUUGCGCGGAGCUGAACGACGCCAUGGCUGGCCUUGGCACCGACGAGGAGGUCCUCAUCGAAAUCCUCUGCACGCUGUCCAACAUGGAGAUCUAUACAAUCAAAAACCAGUACUUACGACUGUACGGUGCUCACUUGGAGUCCGAACUUAAGUCGGAGACCUCGGGCAACUUCAAGCGGCUGCUCACCUCCUUGUGCACUGCGGCGCGGGAUGAGAGCGGCCGGGUUGAUCCCAAUGCGGCCAAGAACGAUGCCAGGGAGCUGCUCAAGGCCGGAGAACUGCGUGUCGGCACAGACGAAAGCAUGUUCAACAUGAUCCUCUGCCAGAGGAACUACCAGCAGUUGAAAAUGAUAUUCCAGGAGUACGAGGGCAUGACUGGCCACUCGCUGGAGAAGGCCAUCAAGAAGGAGUUCUCCGGCGACGUGAUGGAGGGCCUGAUUGCCAUCUACAGGUGUGUCACCAACAAGGCCGAAUACUUUGCCUCGCGUUUGCACAAGUCGAUGGCCGGAAUCGGAACCAAUGACACCCAGUUGAUCCGUGUCAUCAUCACACGCAGCGAGAUUGAUAUGACGGACAUAAAGGUGGCUUUUGAACGGCUGUACGGCAAGCCGCUAAAGAGCUGGAUCAAGGGCGACACUUCGGGCCACUACAAGCAUGCUCUCUACGCCCUGGUGGGUGAACAGCGGUCAUCUUAAGAAUCUCCAUAUAUUUAUUAUUCAAACCAAAUCGAACUUGAAAUCAAUUAUUCGGAUAUGUCUUACCUUUUUCAUGUAUUCGAUCAUUUACAUACAUACAACAUACACGCCAAGGGAGCCAAACAAUUAUGACCCACUUUGUGGACUUUAAGUGCUCACAAUUAUUACCUGAACAAUUUGAUACCUCUAUAAACACCUAACCUAUGGGUUAGCAAGAGUUGUAUUUGUUUUUUAAUAUUAAAAUACCUUUGUAUUUAAAUGCGCUCGGAAAGACAAAAAGACAUAUAUGUUGAAGUUCCUCGAGUGAAUCACUUGCUACUUUGCUAAUAUUUCAAGUGACCACAUAAAUGUUGCAAUGAAUCUUUCUACCUACCGACUUCGUCUCGACAGUGCCUCAAUGUACCUUUAUUGCCUACUUCAAAAGCAUUUAAAAUUGCAAAAAACAUACACUAAAAUAUAUGCAUAUUAAAACCAAG